AUGCAAGCUCCCAGGACGACCAGCGACAUUCUGAGCCUAUUCCGGGAGCGUGGUCUUCCAAUCAAGCGAAGUCUGAUCGAUGAAGUCGAUGCGGCACUCUGCUAUUCUGCCGCUGCCGCCGAGACUCAGGAAUGGGUGUCAACUCACCUGACGCCGAGCACUCUCCUGUCACGCGAGGAGGUCACCCUAUAUGACAAGCUUGAAUCAUCUGGCGCCCUCCAGCAGAUCAUUCACAAUCCUGAUCUGGGAGCAACAAGGCCAUUCCUCGAAGAUGAGAUCCGGUUGGCCAUAGCGUCUUUGGAGGCGACGACGGCAGAGAUUGAAAAACAGACGGAGACGCUGUCGUUCCAACAUGAGAUUCUGCAAAAACAAUUGCGACAGAGCGAGGAAUCCGACCAGGCACGCGACCGAGAUCUUGCGCGAUUGAAAAAGAAGCAUGAAGCUGAAAGGCAAAGAGUGGUGAUUUCUGCCGAUGACCUCGCGCAAGAGCUCGAGAAUGAGUUCAGAAUCAUGACGGAAAGAACUGCGAUCGAAAAUAAGCGAAUCCUUGCUCUACUCUCUUCGCGAUUGAAGCAGGAUGAUAAAACACUAGCCGAUCUGGAAGAUUUCAUUCUGGGGAUAAGAUCUGAUGGGAACGAUGCAGAAUCCCUCAAACGGACUGGGCAGCUCAGUGAGCUUCUUGCAAAGUAUAGUGCGGAGCAAAUACACUACCGACUCGACAGGUUGUACUUGGAAGGUAUCAUGGCUGAGGAAUCUUCGCCAACAACGGUUGGCGGCGAUGUGGCAGCGCUGGAAGAAGAACUCGCAGCACUCUAUCCAGAGAUCGAGAUUCUAGCAGAAAUGUCUACCAAGCACGAGUUUCGAGAUCCGAUCUUGCGGGCUAUCCAACACGAGCACAGUCGGCUGCGGACCGCCUCGGUGCAACAAUUGGAACAAGCUCUCGACGUGCUUAUUGAUAUGACCCGGUCCCAAGAAUGUCUCACGGAACAGUUACACGAACGAGAGUCCUCGUGUGAACUUCUCCAGCAACUCGCCAAUCUCUACCAUACCGUAGUGGGCCAGACUCUCACGACGCCAGCGCCCUCUGCUCGUCGCGACUCACUUCGACGACGUUCCAUACCGGCAGGGGUCCUUACUGCGCCACGCUCGUCUGAGACUUCAUCUUUAAUCGCUCUUAAAGAUCCAGCCCUGGAGAACUUGCUUCGGCGCGUUGGGCUGUCACCGGAGUCGAUUGCCCGUUCACACGCAGAACAUGGGGAGGCCUGGGCGCAAGAUCUUCAUGAAAAACGUGUCGAGUUGAAUGACACCCUGCAAGCUCUAAGCAUGGCGGGUGACGCGCCUCUGAUUACUGGAUUGGGUUCUGCUGACAAGGCAUAUCAUCUUCUGUUCUCUGCUCUGCAUCGGGAAUCCAAGUACGCAAUUUCGCUCCGUGAUUCGAGUCAAGAGAAAGCAUUGUCUGAUCUUGACUCGGAACUGGGCCAAUUACAGAAGGCAGUGAAGAUGUUGGAUCUCAAUGUGUUACAUCAGCGUGACCAGAGGCGGGAUCGAUUCAUGGACAAAUGGGGCCCCUAG